UCUCAGCAGUCGAUGAGGCGCCUUCGUAGGGUCGUUGCUCGCUCAAAAGCUUGGCAAUGAUGUCGAUUCCGGCUGCUCGGCCACGGCGCAGCCGGUAAUUCAUGUUGUUAGGAACAGGGCUGCCCUGGCCUUGCCCCCGACAUCGACAUGGGCAGGCUGGACCUGAGUGUGCCUGAGCCCUGAGCCCUGAGCCCUGAGCCCCGAGCCUCGAGUCCGCCCGAGCAGAUCUGACCCGGUGGCGCCACGGCAACACAACAGCCCAGGCCUUGCCUUAGCUUCUCGCUCUUGUUACUCAAGCAGUCAAAGACUGGCCUGAUAAUGAGUCAACAUCUAAUGUCAUGUCCAAACCUCAAGGACCCGAGGACCUCUCUCAGGGACAAGCGCGCCAAAAUAGAAACCUAAGGCCGCCCUGCUCUAGAUCGAUGACGGGACGGAGACAACACCGCACCUCCGAAGACUGCCCCGAAUAUGUUCCAGUCUCAGGUCACGCAGGAGGCUGCUCUGAAGCAUGUCGCCCCAGGGGAGAAUGAGAUCCAGACUCUGGGAUUCUGGGGCUCAAGGGACGGACCAGACACGUUAGGCGCUCCGGCCGGACACCAGGGCCUGCGUCUGCUCGCUGUAGGGAAGCCGGGUCCCGCU